GCAAGAAGCGACCGAGCCGAGCCGGACUCUCUUCUUGCAGCACAAGAAGAUACGGAGAAGAACUCCGACUCCGGCGGCGUGCCGGCCGGAGCUGCCUUUAAGCAAAGCGAGCCCUCUCCCCUUCCCCAGCCGCGCUUCGCAAAUUCGCAUCAGUUCAUCUGGGAUCAGACCCGAGAGCGAAGCAAGAGACGAGCGAAUCUCGUAGCGGAGGCGAUGGCCAGGUUCGACCCGUACGAGAACAACGGCGGCACCUGCGUGGCCGUCGCCGGCGCCGACUACUGCGUGGUCGCCGCCGACACCCGCCUCUCCGUCGGAUACAGCAUCUUGUCCCGCGACCACUCCAAGGUCGCCCAACUGGCAGACAAAUGUGUUUUGGCCUCAUUUGGCUUCCAAGGUGAUAUCAAAGCUUUGCAGAAGAAUCUGGCAGCCAAGGAAUUGGUUUAUGAGCACAAUCAUAACAAGAAGAUGAGCUGCCCUGCAAUGGCGCAACUGCUGUCGAACACACUCUACUACAAGAGAUUCUUCCCAUACUACGCAUUCAAUGUAUUGGGUGGACUGGACAGCCAAGGUAAAGGAUGUGUCUUUACAUACGAUGCUGUUGGGUCUUAUGAGAGGACAGGUUAUAGUGCUCAGGGAACGGGUGCAGCAUUGAUGAUGCCUGUUCUUGACAAUCAGUUGAAAUCCCCUAGUCCUCUACUACUGCCAGCUAGGGAUGCAGUGACGCCCUUAUCUCAAUCUGAGGCAGUUGAUCUGGUGAAGGACGUUUUCGCAUCAGCUACAGAACGAGACAUAUACACUGGAGAUAGAUUGGAAAUUGUGGUCAUCAACAGCUCCGGCACAUACCGAGAGUACAUUGAACUUAGGAAGGACUAGUGCAUUGUUCCUGUGAAAUGGCACUACCAUUAUUAAGCAUAAGGAUAUUUGUUUCUGUUGUCAGAUGUGUUUGAAUUUCCUCUAAAAAGAAAGAUGUAUUUGAAUUUCCAAUUUGUUGAUUCUAGCACGAAGUGAUAAUUCAUCAUUUUAUCUGUUAUACUUAGACGGCACCAUUUCAAGCCUUUUGAA